AUGAAGAAGAAAAGAGGGAAACGUACAAAGGUGCACGCGGGGUCUGGGGUUUUAACCCAGAGCCUGUGCGCGGGCCUAGAGCCUAUAUGCCGGCCCGGUAACGGGUCGGUCAUAUACCUAGCCGUAGACUGCACGGCUACACCCCAUACUAAGGCCUAUCCGCUAGUACCGUAA